ACACUCUCACGCACAGUCGCACGAAGAACCAAUACUCAACCCAUCAAAAUCAAUCCGGGAAAAAAAGUAAUUUUCCCAAAUGACUUGCGUUACAAGGAAACUUCCGAGUCCCCUUCACAUAAUAAUACGCCCGCCAGAGCACCACCACCACCACUCCCAUAUCACAUUCUUCUUUGACCAAGCCACCACUCUCUCUCUCUCUCUCUCUCUCUCACAUCCGAAAUCCUAUUAUCUAGAAUUUGUUUCUCUUUUUCGAGAUCCCAAUUCUCAUUCCUUCCAGAAAUAAGAUAAAGAUCCUUUUUUUUUUUAAGGUUUUGCUUUGGGUACCUGUUUAAGUAGCGAGGGUUUUUGUUCUCUGGGAAGCGAUGAAGAUGCAAUCGGAGUCGUGUUUGAGGGACGAUGUGUGGCCACCGGGGUUUCGGUUUCACCCAACGGACGAGGAGCUUGUCCUGUACUAUCUGAAGAGGAAGAUCUGUGGAAGAAGGCUCAAGCUCGAUAUCAUCGCCGCAAUAGAUGUCUACAAGUGGGACCCUGAGGAACUGCCUGGGCAAUGUAAACUGAAAACUGGAGAUAGGCAGUGGUUCUUUUUCAGUCCAAGAGAUAGGAAGUACCCAAAUGGAGGAAGGUCAAAUAGGGCAACCAGACAUGGAUAUUGGAAAGCAACAGGAAAGGAUCGUAACAUUACAUGCAACUCUCGGACAGUUGGAGUGAAGAAGACCCUAGUUUUCUACGGAGGGCGUGCACCUAAUGGGGAGCGCACCGACUGGGUGAUGCAUGAGUAUACCGUGGAUGAGGAGGAGCUUAAGAGAUGCCAGAAUGUACAGGAGUAUUAUGCACUCUACAAGCUUUAUAAAAAAAGUGGACCUGGUCCUAAAAAUGGUGAGCAAUAUGGGGCGCCAUUUAAGGAAGAAGAAUGGGCUGAUGAUGACUGCCCAGAUUUUAACAACUCUGCUGCUACUGCUAGGGAUAUCUCGGUAAAGCAACUAAACGAGGUUAAUUCUGUCACUGAUGUGAGAGUCAAUGGUCAAGUCCAGCUUACAUUAGAUGAAAUUGAGGAGAUUAUGAAGCAAAUUGAAGAUGAGACUGAGUUCCACCAACCACAAAUCAAUGAUCAUGCUCACACCCUACCCCAGGUUGGCGAAGAAGAAACACAGAGUGCUAUGGUGGAUCCAUCCUCCAGGGAAGUUAUAACUCCUGAACAUAGCAGAGCAUUGCACCCAAGUGGUCAGCUGCAUGAUAUCCAGGCCAGCUUUGGCUACUCACAGUCAGCUACUUCUCAAUUUCAAUUGCACGAGACAUCGGAGGUUACAUCAGCUCCUAUUCUUCAACAAGAUGAACCUCUCUUAAAUAAUCUGGAGGAAUUUCUGGAAAUUGAUGAUCUCAGUGGUCCCCAACCUCGUUUUGAGUCUUUUGACAACAAAGCUAUGGAGAACUUCCUGUUUGAGGAGGCUGAUGGAUUGAGCGAGUUUGACCUGUUCUAUGAUGCGCCCAUGCUUAUUCAUGAAAUGGGGCCAAUUAAUCAGGAAAUAGUUGCAGAUCCAUAUAUAAAUAUCAUGGAGAAUAACACAAUAAACCAAUCUGAUUUUCAGCUUCAAUACAAUCUAGAAGGCACUGGUCAGAUUGACAAUCAGCCAUGGACACAUGAUCAAAGAAGAAACUUCCAUACUUAUGCAGAAUCAACUCUGGGUUCCUUUUCUCUACCACCCUCCGGCAUUGCACAUGAAUCUACAAACAUUCCUACUCAAGAAAAUCAAAAUCAAAUAGGCUAUGACGAUGGUGGUGCUGCUAGUCGGUUCUCCUCUGCACUGUGGGCAUUUGUGGAGUCAAUACCUACUACUCCUGCAUCAGCUGCAGAAAAUGCUUUCGUAAAUCGGGCUUUCGAGCGAAUGUCUAGCUUUAGUCGGGUUAGAGUGAAUCUCAAAAACACAAAUGUUUCUGCUGGAAGUGGUGCUGAAACUAUAAGGAGAACAGGUAAUAGCAAGGGGUUGUUGUACAUUUCAGUUUUUGGAGUGGUCUGUGCCAUUUUGUGGGCGUUGAUUGGUACUGUGAGAGUGCUGGGGGCACGUAUAUCCUCCUGAAUAUAUAUAAUAACAUGAAGUUUUCUGCUGUAUUUAUUCCAAAUAUUGCCGGAAUUAGUAGAAAUGCUCAACAUAUUAACUGAGGAGUUCAUAUCUCUGUGAAUUUCUAAUGUAAAGGGUGCAGUUUUUCUU